AGCGAUGACCAGGCACAUUCUGUCGACUACACCGAGGGAAGAAACGUAAAGAUGUCUGGACGCGGUAAGGGAGUCGGUAAGACCAGAGCGAAGGCCAAGAGCCGGUCAUCCCGGGCCGGACUUCAGUUCCCGGUCGGCCGUGUCCACAGACACUUGAGAAAGGGCAACUACGCCCACCGCGUCGGUGCCGGGGCGCCGGUGUACCUGGCGGCGGUGCUCGAGUACCUGACCGCCGAGAUCCUGGAGCUGGCCGGUAACGCCGCCCGCGACAACAAGAAGACCCGGAUCAUCCCCCGCCACCUGCAGCUGGCGGUCCGCAACGACGAGGAGCUCAACAAGCUGCUGGGCGGGGUGACCAUCGCUCAGGGCGGCGUGCUGCCCAACAUCCAGGCCGUCCUGCUGCCCAAGAAGACCGAGAAGGCCGCGAAGAAGUAAACACCCGGAAACGACUCAACCAACAACACAACGGUUCUUUUAAGAGCCACACACCUC